AAUAUAGCUCAUUGAAAAACACACCAAAGCCUUGGCAGAGGCCUUAUAACAAUUGAACAUCAGAAAAUAAAGCUAAUGAUUCUGCUUUUUGUUUUACAAAUACACUACUAAUAGAAAAAAGAAAGAUGUCUAGUUUGGACGAACAUUUGCCCGAUGACGAUAUGUCCAGGUUUUUUACUGGUACUCAUGAGGUACUACAUUGUCUUGAAGGUGAGGGUGAAUUUAAUUUACACGAGAACAUGAAAACAUGCAAGAAAAACCCCGACCAUACUGGGUUCAUACCUGUGAAUCUGUUUAAACCUGAACACCUUCCUUUAGAAUUCCGUGAUGAGGACAUAUUCAAUCUGACCAAAGCGUUGGUCAAUGUGACGGUCAGGAUAGCUGUAAAGUUUACCAGUUUAGAGAGACCAGAGUUUAUACAAGGGACGAAAGACCAGUACCCAGGGUAUGACAUGAGGGGGAAGAACUCACAGAGGACAGGGACUGGGAGGGUGAUGGAAGUACGGAAGUACGCAGAGGGAAUGCAGUUUUUCCCUUACACGCCUUGUCCAUGUCCUGAAUGUGAAUUGUCUGGAAUCCCUAGCAAAGUGUGGUUCCAGGUUUUGGUUCUGACUGCCAAACAUGUAGUGUAUGACGAUAGCGAGGCGUGUACGUCCAAGUGUAGACUGUGGUUUGAUGAGGAGAAAUGCCCAGUGGUCAACAUCAUUGGGUGGAAGUUAAAUUCAUUCGGAUUCCAGAGAGAUAUUAGUAUGUUCUUUUGUGUAACACACGACAUAGAUGUCGGGGAGAAACUAUCGGGUAUGGUUUGGGGUUUUAUGAACUUAUGUACAGAAAUCUGUAUGAAAUACAAGAGUCGUAAAGAUGCUGACAAGCUGACCAUUAUAGUUUCACAUCCUCAUGGGUUCGCUAAGCAGGUCUCUGUAGGUCACUGGGUGCACAAGGACAAGUCAGACCACAAAAACACCAGGUACACGUACACAAACUGCACGUGCCCAGGAAGCAGUGGAGCUAUGGUCUACAGACUAGGGUUGCUAGCUGGCACUACUAACCACCCCCACAGUGGAACUAACUCCAGUGGGCUAAACUACAGCGGCUUUGCUUUUGAAGUUAACGUGUAAAGAUUGCCAUAAUCAGAUGUUAAGACAAAACACGACUGACUUCAAGAUAUCACAAAAUACUUACAGAUCACUUCAAGAUGUUGGCACACACAUAUUACUGUAUAUAUAUAAUACUGUAUAUUACGAUCGAUUUUUCGCUGUGAUGUAAUUUAUAUUGUUACACAGAUAAGUAGACACAAAAUAAAAUGCGAACAUUGUUUCUAUUCCUCCAAGUUUAGAAGAUUUUCAUGAAGAUCAUUCUACCUUAUAUUAACGCCAAAUGCGUAUACGGGAAGUAUUCCAUAAAUAGUUGUAUAUAGAUUUUUUAGGUAAAAAUUGACAGUCAUUACUAUACAUUUAUUAAUAAAAUUACCACUUAGAUAAUUUUAUAUUUCAAUAUAUUAAUUUCCUAAU